AUGAAAGACCAAACAUACCUUCCUGAUGAUGUCAUUUAUUCAAUUUUUACAUUCAUCUCACCGGAAACCUUGAAAUCCUAUGUUUCUAUUUCAUCACAAUUUUACAAAAUCAUCACUGAACGAUUGGAAUGGAAAUUUGAUUUUUCUGGUAAUUUAUAUAAAGACGAAAAUAAUUUCUUAUGUUAUGAUGAUGGUGACGGAGGAGCUUAUGAUUUGAUUGGUAAUAGGAUGGAUGAGUGGUUGAUUUUCAAGAAAGUUAAAAUGUUGAAUUUGUCAUUUAAUUGUAUAGAUUAUUGUCAUUUUGAAACGUUGACAAGCAGAUUGCAAAGCUUGAGACAUUUGUGUUUGAAUUAUGUGGUGUUGGAUUGGCAGAAUUUAAAUUGUUUGUUAAGCGAUGAAAAACUGACAUUGACUUUUGAAAGUUUGGAAUUAAUGAAUUGUUCUCUAAAUGAUGACAUGAUGGAAUUACUUACAUCGUGCAAGAAUUUGCAAAAUCUUACAAAAUUGGAUGUCAGAAGUAAUAGAAUUACAACGAAAACUUUGGAUAAUAUAUUUUAUCAUUCUGCUUUUAAUAAUUUGAGAGAUUUCAGUGCGAGUUUGGGUAAUGGUUCAAGUGUUACUGAGAUUUCUCAAACCUCUACACUAAUUUGCAAAUUAGAAAGAUUGUUAUUUGAGGAUACAGAAUACAAACGGAUAGAAGAUUAUUGCAAUGCUUGUGUAGAGAACAAUACUAUCACAAGCUUAUCACUUAUUCAAUGUUCAUUGAAAAAAUAUGACAUUAUCCCACUUUUGAAUAAGCUUUCAAAUCUGAAAUAUUUGAACUUGAGCAAAAAUCGUCUUGGCCAAGACUUUCUAGUUUUAAAUGAUUGCUUUACAUUGAGAAAUUUAGAGGAGCUAAUUUUGGAAUCAAAUUUUAUAGCACACGAAACAUGUCAAUUAUUAAUUGAUAAGUUUGAAAAUUUGAAACUAUUCUCGUUAUUGGGAAAUAAUUGGUUUCAUUCAUUGAAUUCUUCUGUUAAAGCACUCAAUACUAGUAAGGAGAAGGGCAUGGAAUUAUUGUUUUCAUAUUAUCCUAACGGGCUAGAUUGUUUAGAUGAUUUGGAGAAGAUUCAAGCCUACUGUCCUAAAUUUGGUAUUCAUUCAAUACACUCCUUCUCCCAUAAUUUUUUUAGAACAACCAAGUCUCUCCAAAUAUUUACACUCAUAGAUAAUGAACUAUUUGAAAAAAUUGGUACGAGUAAGGUAUUGGGAAAUCUUGAAGAAAUUGAAGUGAAUGACUGUUCUGUAAUAACAUUGGAAAUGAUGAGUUCUUUAUUCAAAUCCGAAUCAUUGAAGAAAUUGAGAAAAUUGAAAAUGUUCUCCUGCUCACUAACUGGCUUUCCAUCUAUUUUUAAUAGCACCAUCUUGAGAAACAUGAGCCAAUUGAUAUUAUGUGACAAUAACAUUGGAAAUGAGGGCCUUUACAAUAUAUGUACAAACUGUUGCAACCUAAGAAGUUUGGAUGUGGAAAAUAAUGGUAUUGGAAUAGAUGGAGUGAAGUACUUGACAUCCUGUAAGACCAUGUCAAAAUUGGCCUACCUUAAUUUGGGUAACUCUCAGGAAAUUCAAAAUUUCAAGAAUAUUAUUGAUGAUGAUUGCAUUCAACUGCUUUGUUCCAGCAUUUAUCUUAAUAAUUUAGUCUCAUUGUUUUGUUGUGGUAACACCAUUACAGCAAUAUCAGCACAAUACAUUGUGAGCAAGAGUGGUUUGCCAAAUCUUUCCAUCCUUGUAUUGUAUGAUAACAAUAUCUGUGAUAGAGGAGCUGAGGUCUUCUCAGAGAAUGUGGAAAGUUUGAGACAUUAUAAUAUCUUUGAUGUUUCUAAUAAUGACAUGACUGAUUACGGUGUUAACUUGAUGAGUAAUAUUAGCCAAAUGACAAAUAGAUCAGAAUAUUUAUUUUACAAUAGCUUUUAA